UGACGAACGGCGUUUACAUAUGUUUCCUAUUUUCAUUUUAUUUUGUAAUUCAUUAAAUUUAUUACCCCAUAAAAUAUCCUUAGAUACAACUUCUGCAAUGCUCUGUGAAGAGUGGAGGUGGAGUGGAAAGCGAAUAUUUGGCCAAUAUGGGAACCAACCUUUGAAUGAUAAUAGCGAUUGACUCUCGAUUGCUUCUGGCUGGCCGGCAGGGUGAAAGUUGAAAGUUCGUCCAAAUCAGAAAACAGGAGACACGUGCAGACUGAAAAGUCACCUGUGCAACCGUAACACCAGCUGCAGCGAUGGCUGCCAUCUACUCAGGUAUCCAUCUGAAACUGAAGAGUCCUCAGACUCCGUGGGAGGACAAGCUGAAGCUGGCACGUUUUGCCUGGAUCUCCUCACAGUGCCUACUGCCCAACAAGGAGCAGGUGCUGUUGGACUGGUGCACCCAUGCUCUGACAGGCUGGUACAAUCAGAAGGUGGAGUUUUCUCAGAAUGUAUUGGAAGGCCUGUGGUGUUACCUUGAUGACCUGCUUCACAGCCGGAAGCUCCACUCACUUCUCAAGCAGGGCAAGACCUUCAGCCUGAGGCUCAACAUGGCACAGCUGCUGCUUGACCGCCUCCAGGAGUGUGCACGUGUUGGAUCCAAGUCACUGUUGUGUAUGUCCACCAUACUAAGUGUGUGUAAGGGCAUUCUCUCUUCUCCUGUGCUCUCAUCUGUCUUCACCACCAAGUAUGAGCUCAUGGUUGAUCUGCUGGCCAAGCUCUGCUCUCUGGCCUGCUGUGAGCUACAGCAGCCAUUGCUCACAGAAGCCCUAAUGACAAGCCAAGACCCGGUGGUGACUGAGUCUCUUCAAAAUGAACCUGCUACCAACUUGGACACUUUGGACACUCCCCCAGAUCACCCAGAGUCAGAUACGAAUAAAUCCCCCUCCAAGCCAAAUGAAAACCUACAUUCAUCUAAUGUGUUUGAGGUGUUGCUUCAGGUGUUGUCAUGUUAUUUAUCAGUCCAGCGACAACAAGCCAACCCUAACAGAGUCUUUACUAUGGUAACCAACCAGCUGAUCCAGUCAUUAGUACUACUCAGACACCUGCUGACUUCUGGGGAAUUUGCUCCAUCUCAGACACAUUUGCAUCUCCGCCAGCAGCUGUGCAGAGACGUCCGUGUCAAGGUAGACUCCAUCCUUCAGUCUGCGCUCUUCCCCUCUGAGCACCUGACCUCCUACAAGGAGGAGCUCCUUCCAUCUAAAGAGGACUCUGGGAAACGUGGUCCGGGCGGGGCAAAAGGUCCCUUGAAGCCAGUCAGUGCCAUACUUUCCAAACUGAGUUCUCAGGGUUACUGUGAGCCACGCCAACUCUACUCUGUGAAGUCCAACACAUUGUCUCUGCUGUUUAAGUUUUUUCUGGAAAGCUAUGGAAAAGGAAGAGGAGAAAGUGAGGAAGAACGCAGGAUGCUGUGUUUCUAUUUUCUCAGCAGAUUGGUCCCAGCCUUGGAUCUAGGUCUUGAUGGACACUCGCUCUCACCUUCAAAAGCCGACCAGUCAGUCUCUGUGUCCCCUGGGCAGAAGUCUCCCCCGGCCUCCCUCUGUUCCCCCGAGAGCUGGAGCCUGGCCCUGCUGUCUGUGGAGUCGCUGCUAAGCCAGGCUCUGUCAGCUGAUAUCUAUAAUGUAGCUGCGGACAGGAUACGACAUGGAGAGGUCCAGCUCAACUUUUACAGAGCCCUUGGACAAAUGCUCUUCAACCACUCCCAGCCAAGUAUCCCAGCAUGGUACCGCUGUUUGAAGGUUCUGUUGAGUCUCAACCAUCUGAUUCUUGAACCAGACCUGGACCAGCUCUUAUCUUCAGCCUGGGUUAAUUCUGAAUGCAUGGAAGCACGAGUGCAACGGGCCAGACAGCUCAUGGUGUGCAGCCUCCUUCAGACCUACACUAAGCUCCGUCAACUCCCUCGCCUCUUCUCUGAGCUCCUGUCUGUGAUCUGUCAGCCAGCUCUGGACGAACUCCGACCUCCUCUGCUGUCUGAGGGGGUCUCUGCCUCCCUCAGGACUUGUCUUCUGGACACACCACCGUCCCAGGGCCUAGAGAUCUGCUCAUUAGUGUUGGAGAGCAUAAGGAGAUAUAUACUUCCAGACCUGGUGAAGGAAGAACGAGAGGCAGAGAAGAUGGAGACUGAUGGAGGAGGAGAUGAGAAAGGAGACGUUAAGGUGGACGAAGAGAGACAAGAUGCAUCCCUGAAGCUCUUCUCCCUCAGCCAGCUCCUUCAUGCUGUUUUAUUUAGUCUGAAGACUCUAGAUAAUGCUUCCCCUGUUCCUUUAGUCAGGCAGAGUCGAGCCCUGAUGGAGGAGAUGCAGCAGGUAAUCAAGGAGCUACUUCAGCUGUUGUCAACAGAAAAGAAGAGACCUGUAAAAACAAAUCCAGUUCAAAAGACCCCAUGGAAAGGCAAAAAGAAUUUGGACCACAAAGAGUCAGAGCAGGUCUCAGAGUCUAAAAUAGGAGUAGUGUGGCAACAGAAGUCCCAGGAGGCGACUCUUCUCCUCAGGUACACCUGGGUGGAAGUGGACACACUUUUUGAUAUCCACUGUAGUAAAUACACAUCCCUUGAUUCAGCCCAGAUGGCAGCUGUAAGUGAGACUGAAGACCAAGCUCUUUCUAAUGCUCCAUUUUUAACCCACAUAGAGAGCCUUGUAUCUGGUGACGUUUUACCAGCAUGUCUCUAUCCCUCUGCCUCCUGCAGCCCCAUGAGCUGCUUGCUGCUCAAACUCCUCACUUUACAGCAGAUGAAGAAAGUUUUGUUAGAUAGCACCUCACUCUGUGAAUCCAGGACUGCAGCACUGCUGAGCAGGGCAGCCCAGUUCAUUUUGGCUAAAUUGAAGCUUGAAGUGAGUCUGGAUGGAGAGCAGGGGUGGGACGGGCAGAUAGGCAGUGUGAAUGCCAGCUCCUACCUUGUAGCACACUGGCAUCUUGUCACAUCCAAUCUGCCUUUGAUUGCCCCCUACCUGAGCGGAGAAGAUGUGGGCUGCAUAGCAAAUGUUCUUGUCAGUUCACUCCUCAGCAGACAGACAGACGGAGGGAAGGACCGGCGGCCCAGCUGUCUGACUGUCUCCAUCAUAUCUUCACAGCUUCUCCAAAGCCCAAUUCUUGCAGAGUUGCCUUCACUUUUCUCUGCCACAGUUUGUUCCCUCACACAUAGGAUCCAUGGUGUUCUCAUGGUGGCACACGCACCCAAGGUCUGUGCUACGCUCCCAAAGUUUCAAGAGGAAGGAAGUGAUGCCAGUCAGACUCUGUCAGAACUGGUGAACAAAGAGACCAUAGUUGAGGAUAUAUUAGUGUCCUCUAAGACUGGAGAUGUGUUUGUAUCGCUGACUGACACACAGACAAAGGAACUGGUGAAGUUAAUCCAAGUCUUAACACACCUAAACCCAGAUGGGAUGAGCUCCGAGGAUCUCGCCUCCAUUUUUCUCCUCCUCUUCUUCAUGCUCACCUCCACUUCCAGUCAGGCAGGCCCGGUGGUUGUGGAUCGUCCUGACUCCGGAGAUGAUGCCGUAUUCUUGGUGAAGCUGCUCAGGAUCCUGACUUGUCUUGUGGAGAGUAGAAACUUCAAAAGUGUUUUGAAGCUCAUUCAUGGAGGUACUCUGCUGCAGGCUGCUUCGUCUUCUCUCCUGUGGCACAGCAGCAGUGGAAGAUUUCAAGGCACAUGCAGCCCUGAUAGGCUGGAUUUGAUCAAAGCAGUGCAGAACUUCAUCAGGUCCUUGGUCGAGUUGAUCAUAAUGAGAAACAGCAGCGUUCGACUCAAUCUGGACCAGUUUGUCUCCUUUCUUACCAGUAAGGAAACAGCAAGCAGGCAAAAUGUUGCACCCAGUUCAGCAGCUGUUUCCAGUAAACCAGAUCCAGGAGCAUCCAUUUUGCCUGUUCAUAUUAUGCUGGCAUCGCUUUCUUCUUUCGCCCAGGCGAUGACCUCUAACCUUGGAAGGAGUAAACCAGUGGAUCAAAUCUUGACCCAAAUGCUCACAAGAGCGACUGCUUCACUGGGACCAGCCGUUGAGUCUGUCCUAAGACCCCAGACUUUGAGCGACGCAGCCAUCCAGCCAUCCAGCAUCCUCGGUCAAGCCUUUGUAGUAGAAGUUGUCACUGUCAUGCUGCACUGUGAACUGUCCUCACUGUCAUUGGAGGACCAGAACAAGGAGGAUGGCACCAAGCUCACCCUGAAUCACAUGACCCUAUAUCAGGGCUUCUGCCAGCAGAUCCUCAGAGAAAUAAGCUCUGCCCCCAGGCCUAUGGACUUCCUGGUUUCCUCUCUCCACUUCCUGUCAACUUUCUACAAAGCAGUGGAGAGGACAAGAAGAGAGAAGGAGCAAGGAGAGGAGGAGAAGGGAGCAAAGGAGUUGGAUGAGCUGUACAUUCAGAUACUGGAGAAUGUGCACAGACUGCUGACAGCUCCUUGGCUGUCUUCAAAUGAGCUUAAUAAUCUGGAACCAGCUGUGCAGAAACUACUGCACCACCUGGUGGAGAAAAGUACUACAGGUCAGUUCAACCUGCUGCUCUUGAUAAUCAGAGAAGGACUGGACGCUGGCAAGCUGAGAGCUGGAAACUACAGGGAGGUGCUGUCUGCAGUAACCAUCAUUACACUGCUCUGCCGUUGUCAGUUACCUGAGUCCUGCUCUAAAGCUCUGUGGCUCAUUGCACCGCAGAUUAUAUCUGCUAUGGUGUUCUUGGUGAGAUCGUCUGGUCAGGACGUCUCUCUGACCCUUCCCUUUACUGUUCCUACGGUGAUGUCAAUGACAUCUCUGCUGCGCCAGGGGGAGGGGCUCAUCACCAACCCUCAUCAUGUGAUCUUGGUGCUUGGGGCGCUGCAGUCGGUGUCCCUUGACCACUUGACCCCACUCGUCUACCAGUCAGCGUUCCUGGCUGUUCAUGAGGCACUGUUUGCCAUCAUCCAGUGUCAUCCUCAGGUGAUGUUGAAUGCAGCUCCAUCCUUUUUAAAUGUCUUCUACCGUCUGGUGGCAUCCAUCAUGCAGGAGGGUCGGCAGAGAGGAGACAGUGACAAAGGUCCAGGUUGUGACGUGUAUCUCCAGUGCUCCAGACUGAUAGAGAGGAUGUACUCUCACAUUGCUGCUACAGCUGAGAACUUCACCACGCUGUCGGCCUUCAUCGUGGCUCAGUACGUCACAGAGCUUCAGAAGGUUACUCUGCGACCGGACAUUAAGCGGCAUCUAACUGAGGGGAUCUAUCAGAUUCUGGACCUGUGUAUGGAGCAGGAUAUCAAGUUUCUGACGGCUGGACUGCAGAUGGGAGUCAGAGAGGUGUUCAAUGACCUGUAUGCCAGCUACACCCACUACCACAAAGCACAGAGGCAAGGAGAGGACAAGUACACUGUUUGAAAUUGUCACAACAACAACCCUCAGUUUAGAUUCCCUCAUUGAAAUUAAAUUUGAAUAUAUUUUCUUGCUAAGGAGAGACUAUAUUUAUGUAUGUAUGUAUGUAUAUUUCAGCUUUUGAAAUGAGACACAACAGCUUGCAGAUGUCAUAGGCUAUAAACAGUGUAAACACAGUAGUCACUGAAAACGCUCACAGUAGAUUUCUAGAGGUUUGAAACAGACACAGAGGAAUUAAGAACAACAUUGCAUUGCCUGAUUUAACUGGUAAAUAUUUGUUGUCUGCAAAUUGGUCACUGAAGUGUUUCCUCUUGCUGCUACACAAUGAUGUGUAAAAUGUUGUGUUUAUAUUAUAAUUUAAAGGAACUGGUUUCAAUGAGAUAUGAUUAGCAUCUUACUGAAUAGAAAAUGGAUUUGUAUAUGAUCUGUACUAAAUCUUUUCUGGAUUGUUUGUUUUUUUUUUUUUUACCAAAACUUAAUUAUGUAACAAAUAUAAAUUGAAAUACAGUGCUGUCUCAA